AUGCACGCCGACGACGUUCAACGCAGCUCAGCGUCAGACCCCUUUUUCCUGAUGUACGAAGAUGACGACGGUCAAGUUCAUGAUAUAACAUGGAAAUCAGCGGUCCCAGCUAUCCAUACCGCUGCUCGCAAGAUUCAACACCUUGUAUCAUCUCAGCCAUCUUCAUCGGUCCCUGUCAUAGCCAUGUUAGUGGCUGCGGAUUCGAUUUCGUACUACAUGAUGAUCGCUGGUAUCAUGCGAGCGGGGUUUGUCGCCUUUCCGAUAUCCGUACGCAACUCAGACAAGGCUGUUGCCCACCUCCUGAAGGCGUCGAACGCACACCAUGUUCUCGUCAGUCAAGAUCCUGGAAUGCGCAACCUUCUCUCAGCUGCUCUGAAGUUGCUGGACAGACACGGCAUUACAGAGUCUCCCAUACUGACUUUCAAUGAACUCUACGCCAAAGCUGAAAAGGCCGACCCUCUCUCACCUGUUCAGGCAGAUCAUAGUACUAGAGCUAUAAUUAUGCACUCAUCAGGUAAGUCUCACGCUUAUGCAGAGGAUUAA